UGGGUACCGUGUGCUGUCGGGAGCGCGCUCGGCCGAAGCUGUGCUCUGCUCCACUGCGGAUUCAUGUAUAGAGCGAUGAGCGAGAGAGAGAGAAUUAAACUGAGGACGACAUAGCAUAAACUGAGUCAUAUGUACAUGCAAAAAAACAGAAAGCACAAAGAGGAAACACAGACCACUCAAACGAAGAGGAGGUGGCGGAAAGACACCACAGGUGACAUUAACGAAGGAAAUUGUUCAAACCUUAUCAGGAUAUCAGGACUUUAUCUGCACCCUGAAUUUUUGUCGCUCACAGCACACAGGCUGCUUCAGCACUGUCCACUGGGACCUCCAGCUGCAGCAGCUGUGAAUCUAGGCCAGUCAGGGACGUAUCCUCGCUUCUCUGAUUCUGCUAGUUUGUAUCCAGGGAGUCGACCGCCUGCUAAAGAUCUGAGGGGCGUGGCCGGCAGCAGUCGAUCCAGCCAGUCGGCAACGAGAGGGGUGUGCGUUGGUCCAAUCGUGGGGAAGAUGUUGGUGAGGGGGCGGGAGCUCUCUCUGGGGGGUGUGGCUCUCCUGCUCUGGCUGUGCUGUGGGGUGGGCGGGAUCGAAGUACCGCUGGACCCAAGAAUCCAACAAGAGAUUAAACAGCCUCCAACCAUCACGAAGCAGUCAGUGAAGCACUACAUCGUGGACCCCAGAGACAAUAUCAUUAUCGAGUGUGAAGCCAAGGGGAACCCCAUACCCAGUUUCUCGUGGGCGCGGAACGGGAAGGUCUUCAAUGUGGCGAAGGACCCGCGGGUCUCGAUGCGGCACCGUGCCGGCACGCUGGAGAUCGGCUUCCGCAGCGGGGGGCGGCCGGAGGAGUACGAGGGGGAGUACCAGUGCUUCGCCCGGAACGAGUACGGCACUGCGCUGUCCAGCAAGAUCCUGCUGCGGGUCUCCAAGUCUCCUCUGUGGCCCAAAGAGAAUCUGGAGCCUCGGGAGGUGACUGAGGGCUCUCCCAUCAUCCUGCCCUGCAACCCUCCCCCUGGACUGCCUCCCCCCCUCAUCUUCUGGAUGAACAGCGCUAUGAUGCCAAUUGUUCAGGACAAGCGGGUCUCCAUGGGGCUGAACGGGGAUCUCUACUUCUCCAAUGUGAUGGCCAAGGAUGGGCUGACAGACUACAGCUGCAACGCCCGCUUCCAGUUCACACACACUAUCCAGCAGAAGAACCCUUUCUCCCUCAAAGUGAUCACCAAGGAACCCCAUAACGAUACGUCCUCUCUGAACCACACUGACUAUUACAGUGCUCGCGGAGUUCCGGAGACCGCGCCUGCCUUUCUCUCUCCCACGGGAACAGCGAGCUCCAAGACGGUGCUGCGCGGAGAGGAUCUGCUUCUGGAGUGUAUCGCCUCGGGAGUGCCCACCCCCGAUAUCAAGUGGUUUAAGAGGGGGGGGGAUCUCCCCGCCCUGAAGACGAAGCUUGAGAACUUCAACAAGACUCUGCGCAUCACCGGGGUAUCGGAGGAGGACUCGGGGGAGUACUUCUGUCUCGCCAACAACAAGAUGGGGGGGACCCGCCACGUGGUGGCUGUCACAGUGCAAGCUGCCCCCUACUGGCUGAAUAAGCCCACUAACCUCGUCCUGGCCCCUGAAGAAGAUGGGAGGCUGGUGUGUCGAGCCAAUGGGAACCCCAAACCCACCAUCCAGUGGCUGGUCAACGGAGAGGCCAUAGAGAAUGCCUCCCCAAACCCGAGCCGCAAGGUUUCCGGUGACACCAUCGUCUUCCGUUCAGUGCAGAUAGGCGGAAGCGCUGUGUACCAGUGCAUCGCCUCCAACAAGCAUGGCUACCUGCUGGCUAACGCCUUUGUUAAUGUACUGGACAUGCCACCGCGUAUGCUGGCCCCGUGGAACCAGCUUAUCAAGGUGAUCGAGAACAACCGCACCCUCCUCGACUGCCCCUACUUUGGCUCUCCUCUGCCCACGCUGCGCUGGUUUAAGAAUGGACAGGGCAGUAACCUGGACGGGGGGCAGUACCGCGUCUACGACAACGGAACUCUGGAGAUCAAGCGCGCUCGCAAGGAGGACCAGGGCACCUACACCUGCGUGGCGACAAACAUCCUGGGCAAGGCCGAGAACCAGGUCCGCCUCGAGGUCAAAGAGCCCACUCGGAUCAUCCGAGCCCCGGAAGAUCUGAUUGCGAAGCAUGGCACGCCAGCCCGAUUUGACUGCCGCAUCAAGCACGACCCUACCAUGCGCCUCACCGUCACCUGGCUCAAAGAUGACAAAGCGCUGACCAUGGGCUGGAGAGGUUUUGUACGGACUGUAGGAAAGUGGUUGAAGGAGGUGGAGGGAAUGUUCUAUCCCAGGGUGAAGAAAGACGAGGAAUCGAUGACCAUCCGAAAUGUGAAUGAGAACGACGAGGGUCUGUACACCUGUGUGGUGAGCACUGAGCUGGAUGAAGACUCUGCCACAGCGCGCCUCACUGUCCUGGCUUCAACCUUAACCUCUACCAGCCGUACUGGAAUAAUUCCAGACCGCCCAGACCCCCCUGUGGACCUGGAGCUGACGGACCCUUCAGAGAAGAGCGUGAGGCUCACCUGGAUACCCCAGGAUGAUAACCACAGUCCAAUUACAGAGUUCCUCGUUCAGUAUGAAGAGGACCGAUGGGAGAGAGGGAAGUGGCACAAUCUCUCCAGUUACCCCGGCAACCUCAACUCCGUCAUCCUGCAGCUCUCUCCCUACGUCAACUACCAGUUCCGCGUCCUGGCUAUCAAUGAGAUCGGAGCCAGCAACCCCAGCCGGCCGUCCGAGCGCUACCAGACCAACGGGGCCCCUCCAGAAUUGAUUCCCCAGGGGAUUCGCGGUAAGGGGUCCAAGAAGACGAACAUGGAGAUCACCUGGGAGAUGGUUCCGGGGAUGGAUCACAACGGGCCUAACUUUCGCUACGUGGUGUGGUGGCGGCGGAGGGACUCCCGUGAGGAGUGGAAGAACAUCACGACCACGUACCUGAAGUACGUCGUGACCGACACCGACACCUACAUCCCCUAUGAGAUCAGAGUGCAGGCACAGAACGACUUCGGGCUGGGCCCUGAGGGCCCCAUAGUGAUCGGCUAUUCAGGGGAGGACUACCCCAGGGCAGCUCCCAGCAACUUACGGGUCAGGCCAUCCGCUACCAAGACCGUGGUGUACUGGAGCCACGUCUCAGCAGAGAGCGUGCAAGGGGAGCUGAAGGAAUACAAGGUGUAUUACACGCGGGAGAGCAGCCAGCUCAGGGGACUCAGUGUGUCUCGGGUGAAGAAAUCGACCAGCUUUACCUCCUGGACAUCCAGGCCCUCGGGCGUGGUGUCCGGUCUCAUCCCCUACAGCAACUACAAGCUGUACAUGGUGGCGGUAAACGGCAGGGGGGAGGGGCCUCCCUCCGUCACGGUGGACUUCCAGACCCCCGAGGGAGUGCCUGCUGUCCCGAAAUACUUACGAAUUCAGCAGAGGAACGUGGACGCCAUAUACCUGGACUGGGACCACCCAGUGGAGCCUAACGGCAUCAUCACAGGAUACCUCCUCAAGUACCAGACUGUGAAUGGGUCUCGGACUGGCAAGAUGAUAACAGAGAACCUCUCUGCCAACACCACAAGUUACACGCUGCGACGGAGUGACCGCUACACGCGAUACAAGUUCUACCUGAGCGCCCGGACGCAAGUGGGUUCGGGAGAGGUGUACAUCGAGGAGUCUCCCGACUUUGCCAACGAAGUGAAUGCCAGCUCAGUUGUUCCGUCGCUACCACCCACCCCAACGGUUUUGGUAACCUCUGAUACCUCUCCCAGCACCACGGUCACAACUACUACUACUGCUACUACUGCUGCUCCCUCUCCCACUACAACUCCCACUACUACUACUGUCGCCAUGACAACUACAACCAAGAGUCCUUUGUCAGCUAUCACUCACAUUCAAAUGCGUGAAACCCCUGUGAGCAGACAGAUCUGGAACCUGACGGUCUCUCCGAACAGUAACUAUGUUAACAUCAGCUGGACUCACAACUUCCUUCCAGACACCACCGAGUUUGUCAUUGAGUACACUGACAGUAACAAGACAGUGAAAAGCGUGACGGUCAAACACGAGACCCCCGUCAAGCUGGCCGGGCUGGCGGAGGGGGCCAAGUACAGUGUGCGGGUUUACUCUCGAGAGUACGACUUCAUCAGCAGCAAGACCGUCCCCUUUGAGACCAGCGCAGCUUACACCAAGGACCAGGUGGACAUCGCCACCCAGGGCUGGUUCAUCGGGCUGAUGUGCGCCAUCGCCCUGCUGGUGCUGAUCCUCCUCAUCGUCUGCUUCAUAAAGAGGAGCCGCGGGGGCAAGUACCCAGUGCGGGACAAAAAGGACCUUCCUUUAGAUCCCAUGGAGCGUAAGGACCAGGAUGGGUCUUUCGAUUACCGGUCUCUUGAAAGGUUAAACCGUGUUACCACACUUCCUUAUAUUAAACGCGAUGAGGAUAACAAGCCCCUGCAGGGCAGCCAGACCUCUCUGGAAGGGACUAUCAAGCAACAGGAGAGCGACGACAGCCUGGUGGACUACGGGGAAGGCGGGGAUGGCCAGUUCAACGAGGACGGCUCCUUCAUCGGCCAGUACACCGUCAAGAAGGACAAGGAGGAAACUGAGGGCAACGAGAGCUCUGAGGCCACGUCUCCUGUCAAUGCCAUCUACUCGCUGGCGUAACCCUGCCAUGGGGGGUGGUGGGGGGGUGCUGCUGACUGACACAAGGGCGCCAAGAACCAAGAGCCAAGAACACCACGCUGGGAUACACCACGGUUUAUAGAAUAGGAGCAGGUUAGGAAACUGCACCCAGCGUCCACCAUCUUGGAUCCAGCUGGUCUACAGUUACAGCAGGAUGGUGAAUCCAAGUUGGAGCCACAAUGGCACCAGUUUCCUAACCCUACUACUCUAUAAACCAUAGUACAGGCAGAAGUGGGAGAGUACAAAGGAAGUCCAAGUAGCAAUGGUCAGCGAUGAGAGCGAGAGGAGACACAGUGAUAGGGUUAUUCAGAAAGAGAAUCCUGCUCCAGGUCUUUGUUCAAAUCAGGCCUGUACAUACAUAUAUAAGCUUAUUGACGUGCCAUUUCCAUUGCACAGCAGCACCCGUCAGAUAUCAGAGCAGCUCUGAUGAUUUUAUCAUAUUGAUAUCAAUAGUGCGUAUAUGUUUGUCUUGUUGUCUGGUGUGUAUAAAGUGAUUAAUACAAAGUUAUCUGGCCUUCUAUAUAUGUGGCUCUGCCUGCUGUAUAAUGUACUAUACUACAGGUGGGAUCUCCGCAGUUAAAAGAUCUGAGUCAUGUGACUUUCUGUAAUGGGAAAAUCAAAGACAAGGCACCGGAAGCUAUAGCCAGCUAUAAAAACAUCACACAGAAUGAUAGCAAACUUUUAAACAUAAAAUAAUGAGGGUUGGGAAAAAAGCUAUUUACUCUGCAAAGUAGAUUUACUAUAGAACAUCUAGUCUUUGUUGUGCAAUGGAAAACCAUGCAGGUUCAAAAACAGCAUGGAGAACCCACUUGGAAGGAAAACCUGAACUAGAAUGCCUCCGGUUGGGUGGUAUUCUUGCAAUGGCUGGAGAUCAGAAGCUUGGUGUUCUCUCAAAGAGAAGGCUGCCCUCGUGUUCAGUUUUAAGAUCCUGCUCCGUUGUUUCUUUUCUGAUUUUAUUUUUAUUGUAUCCAGCGCAACCCCAUCCCUGCUCCAGCUCACCCAUCCCUUCUCCAGCGACUCCCUGCUUGAGAAGCCAAUGAGGCGACUCGGAUCGGCCUCACGGGAACGAGAGGCAGUGGCUCACCCACCACUGACUGAACCGAGGGGGAGAAAACGUGACAGACCCUCUUCCUCUCCCCUCCCCACCACCAUCAUUCUGCGUAUCUUACUCCUAGAGAAAUAUCAAAGCAUACAACAGUAAACGCUCAAAACACACACUACUUUACAAAACCAACAAAACUGCCAAACAAAAACGCCUGCAACAUGUCGAAAGAAAAAAACUCUUAAAACGAUAAGAGAAACCAAAAAAAAAGGGUCAGCAGGAGAGACCCGCAAAGAAGACACAGUGAAGCAGAAGUCGACACAGCCACCCCCCCCCCAGCCAUAUCUUUUAACAGCUUAUGCACCCAACCAAGCAGCUUGGAUAUUGACAUCAGCCCUUGUUCCCAGCGGGACCCAGUCUUUCUUUUUGCCUUUUUCUUUCUGCGAAGACCGAAACCCCUUUGACCUCUGUGCCCCCUUGCACAUUCACUGACCCCUGUAAAAUGACUAAUCUCCUGUUGUCAUUAUUCUGUAAAAAUGGUACACCGCUUGGUCUAGUAGUUUAUAUGCAGCCUUGGCAAACCUUUGUUUGAGUGGUCCUGGACAGACUAUUGCUUGUGUGUGUGUGUGUCUCAGUGUGUGUGUGCGUGCGUGCGUGCGUGUGUGUGUGGCAGAAGGUGCUUUAAGUCUUAUUUAUGUUGGCCAUUCAUGAAACCCAGAACUUAAAAUGAAGAUCCAAAGAGCAUGACAUCUCAACUCUCGGAUAAAAGAGGAUUUUUUUUCUCCCAUAUUUGGGAUGUUGCCGGCUGAGUGGAAGGACUGAAGGACACUGUAUUUUGAGUUCGUGAAAUAUGUAAAAGAUGCUGAUGUUCAUUCAGUUGUUUUGGAUUAUUGUUGUUUUUUUGUUGUUCAUAUCAUGCAUUGAAACACAAAUAGGGGUGUGCCAUUCCAGUGUAUUUACAUGUCGAUUAACAGAAGGGUAGAGCGGAGGGACUGGGGUGUUGUCUGACCAUGUGGUUCGAGCUGAAGGACUGGGAGGCAGAGUGGGAUUGUAGUUAGAGCUGUAGUUUUUAAAAUCAAUUCCCAAUUCCAAUUUGGAAUUGGACUUGUUAUUUUAGAGACACAAUAAUAAUUGUUUGCGAUUGUUCAACGGCUUUCAUUUGAAGCUAGUUUAAUUGACUAACAGUGACUUCCAUUUACAUAAUUUGUUGCCACUGUGAGAAGUUCAUUUUAACAGAAUACUGCUAAUUGCAAUUUUGAGCAAUGAUGUGUUGGAAUUGAUUAAAAGGAAAUUGAUUUGAAAAAGGAACUGGAACUGAAAAACAGGAAUUGACGCCAACCCUGGUAGACUUCAGCCAUUCAUAUAUUUUUAUAGGUGAAGACUUUGUCAAUUAGUCUUCAAACUGCCCAAUAUAUAUAUAUACAUAUAUAACCCGGUUAGUUGGCACACCUCUAGAAAAUGUUUUUCUUUUUGAAUAACCUAAUGUCUUAAUUGAAUAUGUAUUGUUAUUAUAAUUAUUUUGAUUAUUCUUACUAUAUUUGUUGUUAUUAUUUAACAUGUGAAUUAUGACAUAUCUUUAUUUAACCUGUUGGGAAUUAUAUUGUAUGUAUUUGUAUUUAAUUAUUUUUUAAAUGUAAUUUUGCAUAAAUCAUAUGGUAUGGUUGGAUGCCACUACUAUGGACAGGGUUAGGAAUGUUUAUUUCUAUAUCUUUGACACAAAACCAGAUUAUUAAUAUAUAUAUAUAUAUAUAUAUAUAUAUAUAUAUAUAUAUAUAUAUAUAUAUAUAUAUAUGUAUCUAUGUAUGUAUGGGACACCGCAAUUACUCUGCAAGCAAGCUCUUAAACAGCAUUUUGUUAACAGCGAAAGCCUUUUGUGUUCUGUAAGAUAAGUGAUUCUGCUGUUGAAACCGAGAUGGAUGUUCCACAUGUUAAAAGCCAUGGCUUCAGUGUAUUGAUAAUAAGAAAUUUAUGUUACAUUUAUGUUUGUUCGUUUUUUGGAGGAAUUAGGGCUCUGCUUCCCUCCCUUAAUCCUGUAAGCAACCCAGAGCUACAGCAAAGUGCAAAUUAAUUUAUUUUAACGUGUUUGUUUGUUUUCUAGCACUGACAGAUUUUUGUUCUUGGUAAGUUGACCUGAUGCAUCACUUUAGUUUGGUGUAAUUUGUGUAAAUCAGCCUAUUUUAAUAUAACUCUGGGGUGAUUUGCGUUAGUUGAGUGUGCUCUCCCUAAUGCAGGGGGGGUUUAUAAGGGGGGGCAGCAUACGAUACAUUAAAAAAUGUAUUAAAAAUGUAAACUCGAGUCAAUCAGAAAUCAAUAUGCAUACAGUGGGGAAUCUGAACUCAUCUAUUAUUUAAAUGCACUGAAUACACUCUCCCCAUUCCCUGUGGGAUUUGUAAAUAUUAAUGAGUACUAUAACAGCCAUCAUAGGGGCCAGCCUCAUGCCUGGAGUACAUCGGAUAUCCCCACUGGAAACUAUUAAGCCUUCCCAUCCAUUUAUACCACUGAAAACCAAAAAAAGCCAUGACGUCUUUCUUUUUCUAAUCAGGGAUUCAAGUUACACAGAGGUGAUGUCAUCAUAAAGCAACUCAAGCCAAUUGUUUCUCCCUCUCAUAUCUAAACCAUAUCAUAUAUUAAAAGCAUACGCACCUGGUAUGCUCAAUAGGGCACUGCAACAGUACGAAAUGCGCUUCACAGAGUGUGGAGGGAAUUCAUCUCUAUUCAUGUAUAAUGUUUCGGUUAAUGAGUCUAAAGAGUCGUAUUUAAAAAAAGAAGAUUAUUUUCUGUUUGUUUCGGGAACAUUACCAAGUGCUAUUUCACUACAAACCUUGUUAAUGUGGUCUACAGGGUGCUGAAGCUACCCAUACUGUACGCAAAGAGUCUUCAACAAGGUUUCUCCAGACUUUUUGAUUGGCUUUUGAACUGAGACACCUGCAUAGUGUCUUAUUUUUAUUCACAAUACACUUCAAACUCAUUAAAGAUUCAUCAUAACCUUAUUCUGACUCUAAUCAACAUCAAGGUUAUGAUUUUUGUAAAAACAAAUUGCACGGAUUGACCAGCCAAAAGGAUUUCAAGUUCCAAAUCCCAUUAGGUGGUAUACACUGAACUGAUUAACUUUCUUAGUGACCACAGAUUAGUUUCAGUCACCUUAUUGUGAUACAGUACCAAAAUAUAUAUAUAUAUAUAAAAGCAAAACCAUUUACCUUGUAUUUUGUUAAAUGCCCUUGGCUGCUUAGCUCCCACUUUCGACAAUUAUCUAGCAUUCAAGUCUCCAUUUGAAUGCCUGCUAUUGAUUGUAAGCCUAUAUAUACCUUGGGUUUAUGUCCUAACAGGUCUUGGGGAAAUAUUAUGUAUUUUGUAAUCUUAUUUGGAUUUAGGUGCACAGAUUUGAUUUUCUUUAAGAGCGUUCCGGUCUGCAGAGGAAUUGAAUCUUUAACUUGCUGUGUGCUAAUGCUUUGAUUGCACUUGCAUUGUCUAGACUAGAUGUUACUUCCAUUUUAAAAUUCAUAAAUAAAUGUACCCAAUUUGUAUUUUAUUCUUGAACUUCAGUAUACAUCAAAGUUACUUCGAAGCAGAUCCAUUAAAAUAAAAAUAAAAAAGAUUAGGAUGUCCAACCCAACAGCCUGACAUUCAGAAAAAGGAAAGGGCCACUUUACGUGUGCUGUACAUCGUUCAAAUAACUGCUUAGAGAGCACUGGGCUGCAGUGUGGGGGGUAGUGGGUUUGAGUAGCUCGGUGGUUAGAGCACUGGGCUGCAGUGUGGGAGGUAGUGGGUUUGAGCAGCUCAGUGGUUAGUGCUGGGCUGCAGUGUGGGAGGUAGUGGGUUUGAACAGCUCAGUGGUUAGAGUGCUGGGCUGCAGUGUGGAAGGUAGUGGGUUUGAGUAGCUCUGGUUAGUGCUGAGCUGCAGUGUGGGAGGUAGUGGGUUUGAGCAGCUCAGUGGUUAGAGUGCUGGGCUGUAGAGUGGGAGGUAGUGGGUUUGAGCAGCUCAGUGGUUAGAGUGCUGGGCUGUAGAGUGGAAGGUAGUGGGUUUGAGUAGCUCUGUGGUUAGUGCUGGGCUGCAGUGUGGAAGGUAGUGGGUUUGAGUAGCUCAGUGGUUAGAGUGCUGGGCUGCAGAGUGGAAGGUAGUGGGCUUGAGUAGCUCAGUGGUUAGAGGGCUGCGCUGCAGUGUGGAAAACAGUGGGUUUGAGUAUCUCGGAGUUAAGUGAGCCCGCUAGUAGUAAGAGAUGGCAGGAGAUCCACCAGUCUACACAACAAACUUAUUAGUUAGAUUGCUCCCAAAAAUAUUUUUCUCUCAGGUCCGUCCCCCCAUCC